AUGGAUUUCGUGGUAGGACUUCCGAGAUCGGCUAAAGGGAACAAUGCUAUCUGGGUAAUAGUGGAUCGUCUUACAAAGUUAGCCCAUUUUCUUCCAGUUAAGAUGACAUUUACCAUGGAGCAACAUGCACAUAUUUAUGUCAAGGAAAUAGUCAGUUUUCAAGCAACUAUAGGCAUGGCACCUUAUGAGGCACUAUAUGGUAGGAAGUGCAGAUCACCUAUCUACUGGGAUGAGAUUCGAGACAUAAUUAAGGUUGUUCAAGACAGGCAGAAAAGCUAUGCCGAUAGAAGAAGAAAAGAUCUCGAGUUCCAAGUUGGUGACAAGGUAUUUCUGAAAGUAGCUUCAAUAAAGGGAGUACUUAGAUUUGGAAAGAAAGGAAAAUUGAAACCAAGAUUCAUUGGACCAUUCGAUGUAUUCGAAAGAAUCGGAGAUGUGGUACAUAGACUGGCAUUGCCGCCAGAACUUUCAGCAAUACAUAAUGUUUUUCACAUAUCAAUUUUGCGAAAAUACUUACAGGAUCCUAAUCAUGUGAUCAACCAUCAAAAUUUAGAUGUACAACAUGAUUUGACCUAUGAAAAAAUGCCAUUGAGGAUACUAGAAAGAAAUGUUCAUGUACUGAGAAAUAGGGAUAUUCCCUUAAUCAAGGUCUUAUGGCGUAACCAUGGAGUGGAAGAAGCAACUUGGGAAAAGGAAGAUGAGAUAAAAAUCAAGCAUGGUAGAUUAGAUCGGAUUAUGUGGAUGAGUGGAAGAUUGACCGGCGAUGCUUAUGGGGUCUUCAAAAUUUCUCGUUAUAUUAAAACUAUUUAUUUCAAGCCCUUUGGUAUAUUCAUGUUUCAUAACGUUUCGGAUUAUUAG